GCCGCCACAGUAAACAUGGAGUCGAUCUUCCACGAGCGGCAAGAAGGCUCAUUGUGUGCUCAACACUGUCUGAAUAAUUUGCUGCAAGGGGAAUACUUUAGUCCUGUUGAAUUAUCCUCUAUUGCACAGCAACUGGAUGAGGAAGAAAGGAUGAGAAUGGCAGAGGGAGGAGUAUCUAGUGAAGAAUACAGAACAUUUUUACAGCAGCCUUCUGUAAAUAUGGAUGAUAGUGGAUUCUUUUCAAUUCAAGUUAUAAGCAAUGCCUUGAAAGUGUGGGGUUUAGAACUAAUCCUCUUCAACAGCCCAGAGUACCAGAGACUUGGGAUCGAUCCUAUAAAUGAAAAAUCAUUUAUUUGUAAUUAUAAGGAACACUGGUUUACAGUUCGAAAGUUAGGAAAACAGUGGUUUAACUUGAACUCUCUCUUGAUGGGUCCAGAACUAAUAUCAGAUACAUAUCUUGCACUUUUCUUGGCUCAAUUACAACAGGAAGGUUAUUCCAUAUUUGUAGUAAAAGGUGACCUGCCAGACUGUGAGGCUGAUCAGCUGCUGCAGAUGAUUCGGGUACAGCAGAUGCAGCGGCCGAAACUGAUUGGAGAAGAGGCAGCACAGUCAAGAGAUCAGAGGCUAUCCAGAAGUGACGUGGACCAAGCAGUAGAAGUUAAUCAUCCUUUUGAUGGAACAGGCAUGUUAGAUGAAGAUGAAGAGAAUUUCCAGAGAGCCCUUGCUCUAAGUAGGCAGGAGAUUGAUAUGGAGGAUGAAGAAGCUGAUCUUCGCAGAGCCAUUCAGCUCAGCAUGCAAGGUAGUCGUCGAAGUGAGCUCUCAGGCUCAUUACCACAGAAUGUUCCUCAGUCGUCUCACAGCAGUCAGACAGACUCCCUUUCUUCAGAAGAACUGCGAAGGAGAAGACAAGCAUAUUUUGAAAAACAGCAACAACAGCUACAGCAGCAAGAUCAGACCCCAGAUCUACAGGACAAAGUAACUCUUAGCUCAAGCACUCCAGAACCUGGCACAGGAGGUGAUAUGAGCGAAGAAGAUAUGCUUCAAGCAGCCAUGAAUAUGUCUCUGGAGUCUGUUAGAAACCACUUGAAUUCAGAAGAGGAGAAAUAACAUCAUUUUUUCCCUCUUAUUGUCAAAACGCUAAGUCUCCAUUAAAAUUCUACUGUGUGAAUGUUGCACAAGCAGGGUUCAUUUCAGAGUUCUGGAAGCAGGAAUGAAAGGGGGGGUUUCUGGGGAUCAGUUUAGAGAGGAUCUGCAAAUACAAAAAAGAUUGCACUAAUUUAGAGAACUGUAGCACUCCUAAUACAAAACUUCUGCUCACAAGAGUAGUGUGUUAAAAUUACUGGAACUAUUAAUGCCAAGUUAGACAAGGGUAGCAGCUGUAACUUAAAGUAAAGCUUUUAAGUUUGCAUUAAAAAAGCAAGUUUAAAUUGUUUUGAAGAAUUCUACAGAAGAUACAAACGGUGCUGAAAACAGCAUCAAGUUAUUUUUUUAAAUACUAAUGGAAAAACAGAUACAAGUAAUAAGUUAUGCUCAUAAAUUCUUUUUAAUAUAGAUCACUCUAAAAUGGGGAGAGUAAUUAAAUUCCAUUCAUCUUAAAUAAUUUAUUGUGAUCGUUUAUUAUGAAUGACUCAAUGUCAACUUUUUGAUCCUGCUGUCUAAUUUUGAAAUGAUCCAUUCUGCAGGAGGAACAAUAAUCCCUAAAUUUCAUACUUUCCAAUUCAAGACAAAAUUAUCAGUGUAUUGUUGACUAUAAUGUUACUUCUAAGUCUCUCAGUGAUUUCUGACUUUCUAACAAUUUUUGGUCUUACCUUCAAUUCUAAUUGUAAAAUUUUAGGUCCGUGUUUAACAUACUGUCUUUUAGCAGAUAUCUUAUUUGGCUUGGGGUUUUAUUGUUCUUGUUUGGUUUUAAUCAUUGUUUUCUUAGUUCUUUCUUGUUAAAGCCACUGUCUUUUUGCUACAAAAGCAGCAUAUACUCAAUUGGGUUGAACAGGUUUUCUCUUCUACCUCUUCCCAGAGUCUUUACCUCUUCAAGCCCAACCCUUCAUUAUGGCCUUUCAUUAUGAAAGAGCUGCAACUGAGUCUAGGAGAAAGUAGGAGGGGAUUUAGGUGCCAUAAAGUCAGUGCCACAUACAUAAGGUGCAUUCCUGCAAUCUGAAAUGACCCCUGUGCAAGUAGUUCUUUUAAGAAUGAAUAUUUAUGCCUGUGUGGAUGUUCCUUCUGAAAAGCUUUCUAUGAGUGUCUGUCAGAAUGUUGCAGUUUUUUCAGGAAUGGCCUUUAUUCACGCACCUUACAGUUUUUUAUUAUGUUGUUUCUGAUCCUGAGAAAAAUUGGGAAACAAAGUAUGUGAGAUAGCUUAUGCUGUUGGUUGUAAGACAUUUGCUUUGAUAUCCAGGAUGAAUGUGUAACAGGAUGACCAAACCUGACUUUGAACUUCAGUGCAACAGAAGAGAGAUGUUUCAUUUUCCUAAAUGGUGCUUGAGAUACAAAUUCUGUUUACAUAUAAAUUAUAUGGAAAUAUGUUGUAGAUAGAGUAUAUAAGCUGUAGUCCAGUUAAAGCAUUAACAGUUAGCACAGGCAUUCUAAGAAUCUUUCAAAGAUAACCCCAAAUUUCUUUAUCAAAAUAUUCUAAAGUUACAUCUUUGCACAAUAGUAACAUUUAAUUAAAAUUAGUAGGAAAUGAAUGGUAGCUAGAUGGAAAUACACAUUCAGCAUCAAGUAGUACUGUACAUGAAAGGGCUCUUACCUCUCAGUAAAGAUCUGUUUACAGCAAUGGUUUCCUGAUAGCUUAGGAUAUUACAUUAUACAUAAUUGGGCUAAAUUCUGUUUUUCUUAUCUAUGUGCUGGAUUUUCACCAAUGUCACCAGAACCACUGGUAUGUGUUACACAAUAUGGAUUUUGACAUGAGACAGCAUUGCUUUUUAAAAACUGAUUUUUGUCUUUUUAAAAUAAUCCUGUCAUGCACAUAAUAAUUACUUGCAAUGUCUCAAGUUAAUAUAGCUGAACAAUGACUUUAAAAGUCCAUGUGUGUGUAUGCCAUUUUGAAAUGCUGUAUUUUAGAGGGUGUGAUUUUCUGCUUUCAGUUUGAAAUUUCUAUGAAACUGAAAGCAAGAAAUGUGUCUUAAGCACUGCUUUUUUUUUUUUUUCUGUUUGUGCCAUAAACUAAUUCUGAAACAGGAGUCAUUUUUAUAAAUAGGUGUAGACUGACAAUCUGGUGGCAGUACUUGGAACUCAGAUCUUUUAUCUUCUAUUAUAAGAACAUAAUA